AUGGCCCGCCAACCGUCCCUCGACUCAGAGCGGCCCAUCAUGACCAACUCGAACCGCACCUCCAAGCGUUUCUCCACCAUCAGCGGAAGCCCUUCGAUGGCUGCCUCCGAACGUACAAUUGGUAGCCUGCCGAGCGGAGACCCCAGAGUCCGCGACAUUCACCACCUCGGCGACGGCCUGGAGCGCCUCGAGAACAAGCCCCUGCAAGCACAACGAUUUGUCCCGACCGCUGAAAAAUCCGAUAACUUGAAUAAGCUGGCCCUCGGUGCCAAGGUCGAGCGCGCCCUUGGGCGCCGCAUGACGAGCCAGGAUGCCGUCAUGCGCAAGCCGACUUUGAAUGAGAAGGCCGCGGCCAGCACCACCUCUUAG